CAGUCGCAGCUUGGCCUGGAAGCAGUGUUUUAUAGGAAAGAAAAUUAGACUUUGCUCCCCACAUCUCAAAUCAGACAAGCGUCAACAAACGGCCUUGCCUUGAAGAAUGGACACAAAGGUCCAAGAGCCGAGCCUGGAGACUUCUCAUGCCGACCCAGCGGAGGAGAGGAAUCUGGCCAGCGGCAGCAGAGCCGGGCAUCAAGAUUUGGAGAGAGAUGAGCCCAACGCAGCUGGCGACUGUGCAGAAAGCGGAGGAGCCGAGCGUUCAGAGAUGCCGCCGCAACCUGCUGAUCAGCGCCCGGCUCCAGCGAGUUUGCAAGUGAAACGGGAAGAAGACUCAAAGACCGAGGCACCCUCGACGUCCUCUUCGGCUGAGGUCGUCACACCAGCUCCCAUGCCCUCCGUAGCAGAAGGGAAGGGAUCAAAGAGGAUGAUGGAGGAUGAUACUGACGUCUUUAAGGAGAUGCCUGACGUCUGCCAAGAUGCUCGGGAGCCAGGGCGUGCGAUGCUUCUGCCUGACCUCUUUGGGGACGCCCAGCAUGCUCACGGCAGCCUGGAGGCCGGCAGGCCUGGGGGCUGCGGCAAAGUGGAGCAGGCCAUCCCGUGCCUUUCCAACAUGGGCGUGGAGAACCAGCGGAAGCGCUUCCGGAGCUUUGCGUACAAAGAGACUGAAGGCCCCCAGGUGGCGUAUGAACGGCUGCAGGAGCUCUUGUUCCAGUGGCUCCAGCCGGAGGCCCGGAGCAAGGAGGAGAUCGUGGAGCAGCUGGUUCUCGAGCAGUUCCUGAACCUGCUGCCCGACGACGUGCAGCGCUGGGUUCGGGAGCGCCACCCGGAAAACGGGGACGAGGCUGUGGCCCUGGCGGAAGACUACCAGUUCCUGCACCCCGAGCCCGGGAGGCGGCCCUACCCCGAGAGGGCAAGGCAGAGGGCUUCGGCGAGAAGUUGGCUCCGCUGAAUCUCUCACGAGUGGACGACCAGGACUGGUUAUCAACCUGAGAGAAUCAAAGACCUAGUUUAUCUACCAUGCCAGAGAGAAAUCUAGAUUGGCCAGAAGACAUGGAAAGCCAGAAACCACUCAACACAUGUUUCCCGAGCAUGAGAAAGACUUGACUGCUGGACCCGAAGGAAACCUACACUUCAUCUUACAUUUGUCAGUCUCUUAAGGGAGGGUGGGGAAGGGGGAGGGUAAAUCAAAGCCAUGCUUGGUCUUUGCUCCAUCCAGUGGCACAUGAAAAGGCAGGAGCAAGGACCAAGCAUGGGGGAAGGGGCUGGAUAGCGGGGGUGAAAAGAUGAAUGUACAGUGUAUGUGCAUAUUCGCCAAUGAGGUGAAAAGGGUAAUUUUUGGAAGCAACAAGGAUCAUCGAGACUAAGAUUGAUCUCUCAGGCACCCAAACCAGAUUUUUCAGGCCCUUCUGCAAGCUUAUUUUCUGUCUCUUCCCUGACCUCAGAUACGGAAGCUCCCAUCAUCCAGCCCGUUAGCUGGCAUGUGACAGCCAGGAUGAUGUCAGCCUCUGCAUUCCCCCCCUCCCCUUUCCUUGUUUCCAGGGGAUAGAAAGAGGGUGUGGCCUGUCUUCUCCUUUAGGGGAAUGGGGAAAUAGAUGUAUGUUACAAGAGAAGCCCUGGCAAGUUAGAAGGUGUGCUCUCAUCUCCAGAUUCUCUGGGAGGAAAGGCAGCUGUGUGCUCUGUGACCACCGCAAAAGGUCUUGCCUUGGCUUUAUAACAGAAAUCAACUUGGGCUAGCUUUGUACACAGUAGCUGCAGCACAAUGGUUGCUGAAUCCCAUCUCACACAGGUCCUGUUCAGCUUACUGUAGCCCAGGGGUAGAAUUCUAGCAGGAGCUCUUUUGCAUAUUAGGUCACACACUCCUGACAUAGCCAAUCCUCCAAGAGCUUACAAGGCUCUUUUAGUAAACUCUUGGAGGAUUGGCUACAUCAGGGGGUGUGGCCUAAUAUACAAAGGAGCUCCUGCUAGAAUUCUACCCCUGCAGUAACCCAAACACUUUGUUCCUCGUGUUAUUCUGCCUGAUCUUAUGGGCAGUCCUUUAUGCUGUCACUUGCUUCCUUGCAACGGCUGGCAGGGAGAUUUACCACGUGGUUGGACUAACCCAAGCGGGAAACCAGCUCCACAAUACAAGGUUUCACAAGCCAGGUCACAGCUGCGGUGCACAAAGCCAUCCCAAGAGUAACCUCUAGCUAGCCCUAAGGCUUCUGUUCAGGCCCAGGUUUGAAAGCCCACCCAGCACUUCCACCACAAGCUACCAUUUUUCUCAUUGUUAAUUGCCACAAAUUGCGCAACUUGCUGACAUUGUGAAGGAGAUCUGGAGCCCAAAGGUCUAAUUGGUGAGGUCAAAUCACUUGACUGCCAAACCCUUUCAUUGGUCUGGAUAUGGGGAUGUCUUUUAGAUAUUUUUUUUGCCUUUCUGAGCAGCCACCCAGGAAGCAAAAAGAAACCUCCCUCCCCCCCAGCUACAGCCUUUAAAUAGAAGCUGUGUUUCCACAUUUGUGGGUACUAAGUUUUUGACUCUUUUCAAAUGUCCUGAUGAUGACAUAGCUUAAGCUUGAUAUCAGCUGGUUGGAUUUUUAGCUCUGCUUUCUUUGUGUAAAUUUCCAGUGUGCGUAUGUGUGUAUCUGUUCACUAUAUAGAAUUAAAGGAGCUUCUUCCCACCCCA